AUGUAUACAGAAAAAUUUCGUAUAGAAAAAAAAAUAAAAUAAUAUGGGAAUAAUUAUUCUUCUUCAUAAAAACCGAUAGAAGAUAAUUCUUCAUAUACAUCUUAAAAAAUAAAAAACUUACAUAAAUUUCUAGAAAAUAUAGAAAGUGAAUCAUAAUUUAGUCAAUAAGAUAAUUAAAUAGAUAAUAAUUUUUCUUCAAACUUUAAAGAAAACGAAUAUAAUAGAAACAACAUUGAAGAAUUAAAUUUAUUGAAAAUGGAGUUAACAGAAGCCAAUUAAACAAUAGAAAACUUAAAAUAAAUGAUAAAAAAAGAACAAGAAAAUUAAUAAUAAUAAGAGUUAACAAAUAAAUAAAAUUACGAAAAAAAAUUAAAAGAUUAAAAAGAAGAAUUAGAAAAAGUAAUCGAAAGGCAUUUAAAAUUCAUCGACUAAUUAAUAUUAGACAAAAAAGAAUAAAAUCAACAAAUCGAAUAACUUACAGAAAAACUGAUAGAAACUGAAUAAAAAUAUCAAAUAUAAAUAAAAGAAAUAAAAGAUAAAUUCGCAAAAGAAAUGAAAUAAAAUAAAGAAUUAUGGCUAGCAACUGAAAUUCAAAGAAAAGAAAAAUGGUCAUACGAAAAAACUCAAUAAAUAAAAGAAGCUACAAUCAAAGGCUUAGAGCCUGAAAUAGAAAAAAUAUUAUCAAAAAAUAAAUAGGAAAUUCAAAAACUCAAUAAAUAACAUUAAAAAUAAUUAAAUGAUUUAAGAGAAUCUGUAUAGGAAGAAUAUGAAUAUAAAUUUAAAUAAUAUAAGGAAAAGUUAAUUAAUGAAACUGAAGAAUUAAUAAGUAAAGAAAGAUUAUUUAAAAACGAAAAAAUGAAAGACUAAAUUAACAAAUUAGAAAAUGAAAAUAGUGAAUAAAUUAGUAAUUUGAAAAAACACUAUGAGAUUGAAUUAAAAGAAGUGGAAAAUAAAAGAAAACUCGAAAGCGAGAAUUAUUUGAGUAAAAUUAAGGAAAUUUAAUAAAAAAAUCUUGAAGAAAUAAAGGAAAUUUAAUAAAAUUUAUAAAAACAAAAUGAAGAAGAAAUGGAAAAAUUCAAAGAAAAAGAAAUUACUUAUUAUAACCAAGAACUUGCAAAAAAAACACUGGAAAUGAAAAAAAAAUUAGAAAAGGAAAAUCUCGCAUAAUUAAAUUUACUUAUUAAUAAAGUUUCAGAAGAGAAUGUUAAUUGUGAGAAGGAAAUUAAAUAAAAAUAUGAAAUUAAAUUUAAUUAAAUGGAAAAUUAAUAUAAAUCUCUAAUUAAAAAUCUAUAAAAAGAAAUAUAAUUUCUUUAAAAAAACGAAGAAUUAGAAAAUAUGAAAAUUGUUUUAUAAGAUAAAAAUUAAAAAAUUUAAAAUUUAAUAAAUGAAAAUGAAAAACUUGAAAAUAAAAUAAAUGAAUAAAUAGAAUAAAUUAAAGAUUUAAAUAAUAAUAUUAUGAAUAUAAAAAAUUAAUUAAAUGAAAAAAUAAUGACAUAUAAUUAAUAAAAGGAUAAUUUUUAUUAAAUGAAGAAAACAUAAAAGCUGAAUAUAAACUAGAAAUCUAGAAAUUAAAUAAUGAUAUUUUAUUACUAAACAAAUAAAUAUAAAUAAAUAGUCAAAGCUUUGAAGGAGAGUUAUCUGACUAAGAAUAAAAGUAUAUUAAAUAGUUGGAAAAUGUAGAAGAAAGAAUUAAAAAUAUAGUUUUGA